AUGAGCUCCUACGACAAGCUCGAGGCGUCGCUGGACAAAAUUGACGACUAUCUCCAGUCUCUCGAGGAAUAUUUCUUUUCCUCGGUCUCAGCGGUCAGCCAUGGACUCCCAGACGUUCACGAGGUAGUCAACCGCCUCUGGGUUGAUAUCUCGCGCUAUGGUCCUGGACUUCCGUCAUUUCCAGAUGUCGGACUUCCGACUCCUGGAGAUUUCCAGAUUCCCCCGCCGCCUCCACCACCACAACCAGCACUACCAGUCUCCAUGUUCAACUCCUCAGUACAUUGGAUAAAGACCCACCCGAAGACUGUAUCAGCAGUCGCAGUGGGUAUCGUUGGAACGGGUCUCUACACUACGCACCGGAAAAUGUCAGCCAUGAAAGCUAAGCAGCCUGCGAGCAAGCUUCAAGCCCAGUCUGCGGAAAGGAAGCAAGUAGUUGUUGUCUUGGGUGGAGACACUCCUCAUGGACUACCGUUAAUUUUGGGUCUCGAGAAGAAGGGCUAUAUUGUUAUUGCUAGCGUUUCAACAGCUGAAGCUGUAGAGAAGUUGGAGAGUAGGACCAAAGGAUAUGUCAAGGCCCUUGUACUCGAUCCUCAAGAGCCAGCGACUGUCCCAAUCUUCCUAAGAUCCCUUUCUUCCACUCUGUCUCGCCGUUUCCCUCUCAGAGCCGCCGGGGAUCCCCACUCUUCACCCUCCUCUCAACCUUAUGUCCAAUCGGUUAUUUCUCUCCUUACCCUGCCAUCAUCUGCUUCACCUGCCCUUGGGCCUUUGGAACACCUCUCGUUGGCCAAAGACUAUCUCCCAUACCUCACAGCAACCCAAAUCACUCCUUUGCAAGUCAUUCAGCAACUUCUCCCCAUAUUGCGGACGGGCUCUGCUCGAGCUCGUGAUAAGGGGCACAAGACCAUCGUCGUCUGUCUGCCGGCUGUAGACACUCGAGUAUCUCUCCCAUUCUCCUCUGUCCAGGCGAUGAGUGCAGCUGGGACUCUCAAGGCUGUCGAGACCCUUCGGCGGGAGAUCCAAAUGGCCGCCGUUACCGGCAAAGCUGAAUCCAUGAGCAGCAUCAAGGUUGUCAUCGUUGACGUUGGUGCUGUAGAUGUUGGACGCAAGGCACCAGCCACGAUUCAAGACAGCCUCUUGAAGGCGACAGAAAGCUGGACGUCGUCGGAGAAGGUUAUCUAUGGGCCGGCAUUCGCCUCGGUUCUUCAGGAACAGCCGCCUGCCUCGCUCUGGGACUCACUCAAGUCCCUAUUCGACGAAGACCGUCGGUACACCGUUUCCCGUCGCCCCGUUCGUGCAUCGACAUUCGUCGAGAAGAUUAUCGCCGUAGUCAGUGGCGGCCGAACCCAAGGGCCUUUUAUCUGUGGUCACGAUGUUGGUAUCGGCUACGUUCGAACAUGGCUUCAGGGAGACCGAUUCGCUGUUGGUGCAGGAGCCCUCACCUACAGACUUGCCUCCUAUCUUCCCUCGCUCCUCUUGGACACCCUAUUGAACUUGCCCUACCUCCUGAUUGGCCUGCGCAAUCGACUUUUGCCAACCCAGCCUUUCCGUCGUCCUCCUCGUGACAUCCCUGCUGCCUCCAGACGCCGGACCUCGCCAACGCAGCAGCGACGCGACCGUGGUGGCGUGCGUGCCAUUGAAGCCUCAAAAGAGGAGCUUCCUCUGGCAACACCUCCCGAGGUUGAAGAAGAAUCCGAUGAGGCAGAAAUCGACAUUGGAACUCCACCUAGUGAAUCGGAGAGCGUUGAUAGUAGUUGGAUCAGUUUGCAGAGUUUGAAGUCGGAUGACCCUUCCGUCGACACUCCCACUGUUUGA